AUGUCGGCUGACGAAAAGAUCCGCGUCUCGGGCGAGACGCCUCGUGCGACCACUCCUGUUCUUCCAACGGUUAACCCCAGUCUCGAGAAGUCACAGUCUGCUCGCGCUUCAGUUCACCCUACUUUCUAUGUUAUUGCAUGGAUUGGUUUUUCAUCAUCUGUCAUUCUGUUCAACAAAUGGCUCCUCGAUACCCUCAACUUCCGCUACCCCGUCAUUCUUACGACCUACCACUUGACCUUCGCGACAGUCGUCACUCAGAUUAUGGCCCGAUGGACUCCUUACCUUGACGGCCGCAAGACCGUCAAGAUGACAGCUCGCGUUUACGUCCGUGCCGUUGUGCCCAUCGGUAUCUUCUUCAGCUUGAGUUUGAUCUGUGGAAAUUUGACAUAUUUGUACCUCUCUGUUGCUUUUAUCCAGAUGCUCAAGGCUACCACACCCGUCGCCGUUCUCAUCUCUGGCUGGAUUUUGGGUGUUUCUGCUCCCAACCUCAAGCAGUUCCUCAAUGUCUCCGCUAUUGUUGUUGGUGUCAUCAUUGCUUCCAUGGGCGAAAUUCACUUCGUCACUGUUGGUGUGCUCUUCCAAAUGGGCGGUAUCAUUUUUGAGGCUCUGCGACUUACCAUGGUCCAGCGCUUGCUGAGCUCCGCUGACUACAAGAUGGACCCUCUCGUCUCUCUGUACUAUUUUGCUCCCAUCUGCGCUGUCAUGAACGGUGUGGUUGCUCUUAUUUGGGAGAUCCCCAGGUGCUCGAUGGCCGAGGUUUACCACGUCGGUCUGUUCACUUUCUUCCUCAACGGUCUUUGCGCUUUCAUGCUCAACGUCUCCGUCGUCUUCCUGAUCGGCAAGACUUCUGCUGUCGUCCUCACACUCUGCGGUGUUCUCAAGGAUAUUCUCCUGGUCAUUGCUUCCAUGAUGAUCUGGGGCACCCAAGUUACUGGCCUCCAAUUCUUUGGUUACUCCAUUGCUCUUGGUGGCAUGGUCUACUACAAGCUCGGCUACGAGCAGAUCAAGGGCCACAUUGCUGAUGCCAACCGACAGUGGGCUGAGUUUGGUGCUCGCAAGCCCAUUCUCCGCAAGGUCACCAUCAUCAUUGCCACCGCUUUCCUCAUCUUCACCUUCUUCGGUGGUCUUGCUCCCGGUUACUCUUCAGAGGUUGAUCCCACUAGACUGGCCAAUGAGGUUUCUAACCGUUUCGGCAUCAACGAUGCCCAGCACGUCUAG